GUGUAAGUAAGAUGUGACCUUGUUUUAGCUACCCUAGCGACCUCCUCCCCUCAUUCAUAUCUAACACGCAUUUGGCUAUCCUUCUUAAUGGUUGUUGGCGUAAUGCUAAUUAAGAGCACUCUCCUCGUCUUUCUUAACGAUGGAUUUUAGCAAGGUUUAAGGAUCUUAAGAAAAGCGGCGAGGUGGGGAAGAAAAGCUACAAGCAUGGUAACACAGAUCCCUAUGGAGUGCUGCAAGGUCUUGUAUUGAUCCAGAUUUUUGGCCUAGUGGAGUUCCUUUUAGAUUAAAGGGCCUUGUGGUCGAUGUAGUCUUCUCCUUCAUUGCCUAUGUUUCUUCUGCAACAACACACACCUUGUGGAAGAUGAUAGCUGGGCUGUUUGUGUCAUUGGUGAGAAGCUUUGUAUUUCUUGGUGAUGUAUGUGAUGAAUGAUAAAUAACCCCCUCCUCAUUGUCAUAGAGUGGUCGGUAGAGUUAGUCGAUAAAUGAAAUCCAUGAGCAAUAGCGACUGGCUUGGCUUCUCUCUCUCUUCUCAUAUGAACACGGAGGUUGCUUCGGAGUCGCCACAUCAUAAUCAGAAUCAUGAAAGCCAUCGUCACUGUCAAUCUCAACUUACCGCCACAGCUUGUGUCUCUGCUUCUUCUGCAGUCUUCUUUCAUUCUUCCACCGCUGGACUCUGUUAUGGAGGGGAAGAAGAGACCGCAGGGCUCUACUCUCCGUUGCCUGCCAUGCCACUGAAAUCUGAUGGCUCUCUUGGCAUCAUGGAAGCUAUCACCGGAUCACAACACUCAGGAAUCCUGCUGCCUGUGCAGCGGAAACUUGAAGACUUCUUGGGAGGCGGACCCACCACGGGGGCCCAUCAUCACUACGGCAACUUUGAAAGGGAAGCAAUCGCUUUGAGCUUGGACAGCCUCUUCUACUACCAAAAUUUACACGCUGAGAGUGCUCUCCAUGACCACCAGAUUCCAGUAGCGCAACACCAUCAAUUGUUCUUGCAACCUGAAGGGAUGUGUGGCGGGCUACCAGAGCAUGAGCUGUAUCAGGGACCGCUGGAGGUGGGAGCCAUGGUGGAAGAAGAUGGCCUUCCGAGUCUCAAAAGUUGGGUGGCCAGAAGCUAUAGCGCUUGCAGCAAUCAGCUGGAUGAGGAAGGAAGAAUUGGCUCUAGUUCUAUCGAUGCGGUUGGAUUCGGGGAGUUGCAAUCCUUGAGCUUGUCCGUGAGCCCUGUAUCUCAGUCAAGUUGCAUCACGGCUGCACUACCGAUUUCUUCUGCAACUGACCGUAUUUUUCCUGACACGAAUAAGAAGUUAAGGCCUGGGAAAAGAUGCUUAAAGCAGACAAUCCAUAGGAAGUCGAUUGAUACAUUUGGGCAGAGAACCUCUCAGUAUAGAGGUGUUACAAGGCAUAGAUGGACUGGGAGAUACGAAGCACAUCUUUGGGACAAUAGCUGCAAGAGAGAAGGUCAAACAAGAAAGGGAAGACAAGUGUAUCUUGGAGGGUAUGACACUGAGGAGAAAGCUGCAAGAGCUUAUGAUUUGACCGCAUUGAAGUACUGGGGACCAUCAACACAUAUUAACUUCCCUUUGGAAAGUUAUAAGGAAGAGCUGCAUGAAAUGAAGAACAUGAGCAGGCAGGAGUAUGUUGCCCACUUGAGAAGGUAUAUCCACUUAGAUUGUUUCCAAUUUAUUGUAUUCAUAAUAUUUUGGGGGCCGAUGAAUGGUUUCAGAAAAAGCAGUGGUUUCUCACGUGGGGCUUCGAUUUACCGAGGAGUAACACGGCAUCACCAACAUGGAAGAUGGCAAGCUCGAAUUGGUAGAGUUGUCGGAAACAAGGAUCUUUAUCUAGGAACCUUCAAUACUCAGGAGGAAGCAGCAGAAGCAUAUGAUAUUGCUGCAAUAAAAUUUCGCGGAGUGAAUGCUGUUACUAACUUUGACAUUACGACGUAUGAUGUAGAGAAGAUCAUAGCAAGCAAUACAUUACUUCCAGCAGAGCUUGCUAGGAAAACCAAGGCAACUGAAGCAGGAAAAAGUGUUCCUUGGGAGAAAAAUAUUUGCAGAGAACCAGCUGAAGGAAACAAUAUUUCAGGUUCUGAAUGUAAGGCUCUCUGUCAAUCCACUGAGGCACGUCUAUCUACUGAGUCUUGUGAUCAUGAACCCUUGAUGAUAAGUGGUGACUAUAGGAGCCCAAUGGUGUCACCGGCAAUUAAUGGCCUUAUAGAUCUAGAAACAGGGAGUUCUGUGCAAGGAAUAGGUGAUUCUGAGAAGAUGGGCAAUGCCCAUUUGUCAAACCAAUCGUCCUUAGUGACAAGCUUGGCCAGUUCCAGAGAAGGGAGUCCUGAUCGGAUUGGUCUCUCCAUCUUGUUUUCCAGUGGCACACCCAAGUUGAGUCCCACUCCAGUUGCUUCAUCAAUUCCUGCAAUGCAAUUAAGGCCGACUAUUUCCAUUACUCAAAUGCCUGUUUUUGCUGCGUGGAAUGAUGUUUAAGCUGGUCAUGAUGACAAAGCCUGCAUGUAGGGUCCGUGGAGCAACAGCCAAGAAAAGAAAGCAAAGUCUGAUGGCUAAAGUGAGGUGAGAGGGUGCUUUUGUUUGUUUGUUUAUUUAUUUCAGUUUUCCUUGAGCAAGAUUUGUGAUUCAUGAUCAAUGCGGGAUUAAUCUUGCCUCACAUAUCAGUGGUUUCUUUUUCAAUUUCGCUUGAGGGGACAUUUUUAUGGAGAAUUUUGCAUAAAACAGGGUUAAUUCUUCAAGAACA